AUGUCAGCUCCUCGCACACCUUAUUAUGAUGCCCUGCUUCACAUUUUUCGCUAUCUCAAGGGCACUCUAUUUCAUGGUCUUCACUAUUCCUCUCUAUCUUCUCUUAAGCUUCAUGCUUAUUCUGAUGUUGAUUGGGCUGGGAAUCCCACUAAUCGUCGCUCCACUACUAGCUUUUGCUUCUUCCUAGGAGAUUCACUUAUUUCUUUGCGUAGCAAGAAACAGACUCUCACUGCUCGCUGUAGUACUGAGGCUAAAUAUCGAGCUCUUGCAGAUACUAUCCAGGAAAUUCUAUGGCUUCGCUGGCUUCUUGCUGAUAUGAGUGUCGUUUCUACUGAUGCGACCUCUCUCUACUGUGACAACCAAAGUGCCAUUUAA